AUGCCUUCAAGUUCACGUCAAAGAUCUAUUAAAGACCUCACACCUGCUAAUUAUACAAUACCCCGUGCAUUAAAAAAUGUAUCAACAAAGGAAUCAGUUGCAUCAACACUUGCACUUUCACGAGUUGUUAAAAUUCCUGCACCUAAAGGAAAACCUAUUUCACAAUUAUCGCUAACUUUUCCAAAUAAUUCCUUACAUGAAAGGCCCAUAGUUAACCAAAUAAUAAACACUUUACCACCGUUUUCCAAAUUUCCUGAAUCAGUCGGAUCGUACAAAUGGCAAUUAGAACCUUCUCGUACAUCCAACGAUAGUCAAAAAGUUCCUAAGCUUGGAUCUAAUAUUCUACAUUUGGAUAAAGGUUUUCAAUAUACCAUCAAUCAAAGUAAAGAUUCAAGUGCGAAAUCAAAAAAUAAAAUGAUUGAAACUAGUGUGAUGUUACCCUGUAACUAUCCAAAUUCCAAAUCUCCAGAUGAAUCUUUUGAAAAUAAACAAUUAGAUGAAUUCUCUGAUGAUCUGUCAAGAAAUUAUCCUCCAAAUGGUGCACCUUAUAAUGAACCUUUGUUAAAAAGUAAAGGAAAACGCAUCAACCCUAUUUUUGAAAACAAUCCAUUUAAUGUUGAGGAUUCGAACAAAAAAUCAAAGCACAUAAACCAUCUAUUUGAUGAUUCGAUGGCCGAUAGCAUGUCCGGUCGAGACCAUCUAGUCGACAAAACUGAAAGAAAACCGUCUUCUAAUGAUUCAAACAAUAUUGUGCAGACAUCUGAUGAUCAUUCUGUUACUAAGUUGGAUCUGACUUUUAAGUAUAAUAAUAACAUAUCCGAACGCGAUGAAUCUGAUAAAUUGUUCAAGGAUACCACAUAUUAUUCUAUUAGUGCCAUAUUUAACUCUGGUGCUAUAGACAUCAUGCAAGAUACUCGUUUAACUUGGCGUUCUUUUCAAGAAAAAUGGACCAUGUUUUGGGAUAUGCGACCAUGUGUUCUUUUACAAGAAUUCACUCGAUUUCAUCAACUUCCUGAUCCUGUUUAUUCCUUAAAAGUUGGUUCUGAUGAUGCAUUUUGGUUCGAUUGUUCGAUUGGUGCUCGUUAUUUCAAUCCAUUACAAUCAUGUUUUGAUUGUUGGAUUGAAAAUGAUGCAAUCGAUUAUGUAUCGAUUCAGGCCUUUGAAGUUUUAACUAUCGAACUUAGCGAAGUUGGAGGGCGUGAGAUUGAAUAUCCUGCACACAAGCAAGUAAGAUGCUGUCAUGAAGUAGUGUUUGAUCAAGAGACUGUUAGAUUUAACUCAACUCCAUCUAAUUUUCGCGAUCAAUAUAAGUGGCAUCAUCAUCAACGCAAAACUUCUUCAUUCUGGAGACGUCGACCUUGUAUUCUUUUAUUUGAAUUUUGUCAAGCUCACCAAAUCUCUGUUCCAACUUAUUUGUUACAUAUAAAUAGAAAUACUGGUGCAUUUUGGUUUGAUUGUUACAUUGAUGACCGGCUUUUCACUCCUCAAAACCAACCAUGUAUGUGUUGUUGGAUACAAAAUGAUGCGAUCGAUCACGUAUCAAUUCAAGUGUUUGAAACUUUAUUCUCAGAAUUUUGUGAUCAAGAUAUAAAAGUUCUAAGUUAUCCAACGCACAAACGAAUAAAAUGUUCCCAUAUACGUGGAUAUGAUAAUGGUGCAAAAGAAAAUACCCGGGAAUCUGAUGAUCACAAUGUAAAUUGUGUUUAG